AUGGCCAAGGCCACGACUUAUAGCUCCUCUACUAGCAGAGAGCAACCGCGGAACGAUACUACAACUACAGCUCCAUCCGCCGAAGAGCAGCAUGGCUUGCUCGCCGGUAACAACGCCUCCGACGACGAGGACGAAGACGAGGACGAGGAUGGCAUUAUAGUGCACCCCGGCGAUGCCGAGGACGGUGGUCCUCGCGACGACGAUGAUAAUGAUUCUACCCGCACACCGCGGACCCCUAGGACCCCUAACCGCGUCCGCUUCGACCUACGACCUACCAACAUCCCACCGCCCGCGAACGGGCACAACAACAGUCACGAGCGCUCAUCCGAGCCCUCCGACUACUUCGACUUCACCGAACCGGAUAGUGCCGACGAGUAUGAUGACGACGACGACCACCAUGAUAACUCCACGCCACGGCACCCCCUACUCACCGACAUCGAAGCGCCGUCGGUAACGCUGGCCAACAGCCUCGACGUCGACGACGACGUGCAGUCGUGGGCGGAGCGCGAGCGGCGGCGUCCCAAGUCGGGGAUGCGGUCGGCGUUCAUGAACAUGGCGAACAGCAUCAUCGGGGCCGGCAUCAUCGGGCAGCCGUACGCGUUCCGGGACGCCGGACUCAUCGCGGGUAUCGUCCUGCUCGUCGCGCUCACGAUCGUCGUCGACUGGACCAUCCGCCUCAUCGUCGUCAACAGCAAGCUCAGCGGCGCCAGCUCCUUCCAGGGCACCGUCGAGCACUGCUUCGGCAAGCCCGGGCUCGUCGCUAUUAGCGUUGCGCAGUGGGCUUUCGCGUUCGGCGGGAUGGUUGCUUUCGGCAUUAUCGUGGGCGAUUCGAUUCCCCAGGUCCUGCGCACUGUCUGGCCGGGCCUCGAGGAUAUGAGUGUGCUUUGGAUCCUGGCUGAUCGUAGGGCGGUUAUUGUGAUUUUCGUGCUGGGGAUUAGCUAUCCUUUGACUUUGUAUAGAGAUAUUGCGAAGCUCGCGAAGGCAAGCACGCUUGCUUUGAUCAGCAUGGUGAUCAUAUUGAUCACGGUCGUCGUCCAAAGCGUCCUUACGCCGGCCGAACGUCGCGGAUCUUUUUCCACGCCGCUGCUUACCAUCAACGAUGGGAUAUUUCAGGCUGUCGGCGUUAUUUCUUUUGCAUUCGUUUGUCAACAUAAUUCUCUCUUAAUUUACGGCUCCCUAAAAACUCCGACGAUAGACCGCUUUUCGAAAGUGACACACUACUCUACGGGAAUCUCGAUGCUGGCAUGUUUGACUAUGGCACUCGCGGGAUUCCUUACCUUCGGCGAUAAGACGCUCGGGAACGUGCUGAACAACUUCCCGGCUGACAACACGAUGGUUACCUUUGCGCGCCUCUGCUUCGGGUUAAAUAUGCUUACAACCUUGCCGCUGGAGGCGUUCGUCUGUCGGGAGGUCAUGCUCAACUAUUGGUUCCCGAACGAGCCGUUCAACAUGAACCUCCACCUCAUCUUCAGCUCCGCAUUGGUCGUCUCGGCCAUGACACUGAGCUUGGUGACGUGCGAUCUGGGGAUCGUGUUCGAGCUGGUGGGGGCGACGAGUGCCUGUGCGCUCGCCUACAUACUACCGCCGCUGUGCUAUAUCAAGCUGAGCUCGAGAUCGUGGAAAACGUACGUCGCGAUGGGCGUUGUGGCGUUUGGGUGUGCCGUCAUGGCUAUCAGCAUGUUCCAGGCUAUUGGCAAGGUGAUUAAAGGUUCGUCUGACUGCCCGACGUGGCUACCCGUCUCCGUCAUCCUCCCGGUGAAGAACUAUUGCUGA